GUUGUACGUCCGAUGUCCAAAGUCAUCAGUCAUCAGCAGCUCGUCCAAGUCUCCGACAAACGACAACCGCACCGCAAGCCGUUUAAUUUAUUUAUUUUAAACACCUCCAACAACCAACAUCGCCAUCAUGCAAUUCACAGUGUUGAUCGCCUUCGUGCUCGUAGCCGCCGCCGUCGCCUCCCCGAUCGCCGACAAGCCCGCCGCCGACAAGUCCGAAUCCGUCAAGGACAAACGUGCCAUCUACGCCGUCGCCCCGUCAGUGUACCACGCUCCAGCCGUCUACCACGCACCCGCCGUGUACCACUCGCCGUCCGUGUACCCAGCACCGGCCGUCUAUCACGCGCCGUCCGUGUACCACGCACCAGCCGUGUACCACGCACCCGCCGUGUACCACGCACCGGCCGUCUACCAUGCACCGGCCGCCGCCACUUCCUACUCCAGCGUCAGCAUCUCGCACCCAGCCGUCGUGGCCAGCGCCCCAGUCUACGCCCCGGCCUACGCACCAGCUCAUCCAUUGUACUACCACCGUCGCUGAACGGACGACAUGACGAUUCUGAAAACAUUUCACGUGCCAAAGACAAACCAAUCGUCCGACUACACUGGUGCAGUUGAUGUGUCCGUCGAAAAUUUCACAAUCUUUAAUCAUGCA